AUGAAAACACAAGCUUCUCGAAAGUUUUCACUGGACAUUUUGCCACAAAUUCUCCAACGUUCUGUGAUUGAUUGUGUCGAAAUCGAUGAGAGAAAGCAACUACUCAAAGUCUCCAAAGCCCUCCGCUCCCUUGUGCUCUACUAUGGUGGGUUUCCCCGAAAAAUCGACAAACUUUUUCUGAAAGUUCUCGAAGUGCAAGAUGAUGAAUUACAACUGAAUAUCGAAGUCAACGAGCAAACUUUUGAAUCCGAAUUGAAAAUUUGGACUCAAAACACUGAAUCUGACGGCGAGGCCGAAGAAGAGAAUUUGCCCCUCAGUCAAUCUGAGAAAAACGACGAUCCCUUGGAAAAUCCCGUCAAAUAUCCAAUUUGGAAUCAAAAAUUUGGGCAAAACAUUGCCGCAGUUGAAGUGAUGAACAUCAUUGUUCGAGCACCGGUCAGCGAGGAGAAGAUUGCCGAAUUUUUUCACUCAUUUGGCGCCAAAAUCCGCUUUGUUUCCGAGUAUUCGGUGCUAGUCGACGAUUUCCGGAAGCUCUCCGUUUUGAUCAAGAAUUUUCAUCCCGAAAUCACUGAAACAUUCGAUCUGAACUUUUUCGAUCUGGAAACGUGGGAAACGGAUGAGUGUGGACAGGGAGAAGCUUUUGAGUUAUUAUACGAAAAACAGCUGGCCAAAUGUGUGCGAAUUUGUGCAUUCGGUGCACCGAUUUCAUUGUUGACGAAGCUACGAAAAAGCCAUUUGACACUCGUGACACUUCGAGUGAAAGAAGAGGACCUCAGAGAGAACUCUCGUUUUCUCCUCGACAUCGAGAUUCCCAGUUAUCAAGAAACGGCGGCGAUACUCUUUCACGCAGAAAGUGUGACUUUAGUGAAAUGGAAGGAGGAGCUAAUGGAAAAUUUUGUGCAAACGGGAAAGUUGGAAGUGAUCGACGGAGAGCUGAAAGAACGGAUUGCCGAUGAAGUGGUGGUGCCAUUUUUGAGACAUAUUGGCGAGCAUGACCUGGUAGAGACUAUGGGGGUGGAAGAAGAAGACGAAGAAGAAGAAGAAGGAAAAGAUGGAGAAGAGGAAGGGAAAGAACAAACGAAGAAGGAAGAAGAAGACGGAGAAUCUGAAGAAAAGAAGGAAAAAUGGUAUUUGUGUCGGCAAUCACCACUCACUCCAGAUGGAAAAGAAGUCAUCUAUGGUGUGUUCGAGUUCGAGAAUUUCCUAUAUUUGCUGAAGGCACGCUUCGAGGAAUCGCUCUCU